AUGAGUGUAAGCUCCGGAUCACGGACUUCUCUCACAUAUGAAAGUAAAAAAGGUGAUUCAACACAAUCUAACACGAAUUCAGGAUCAGAUGAUUCAGUAGAUAAGGAUGAUUUAAUUGAUGAAAUGCAGAUAAAAUUUGGAGAACUUUUAGACGCAAAUCAAAAACUCGGAAAUACGAAAAGACAAGUUGAAGCACUGAAACAACAACUUUCAAGUCAACAAGACAGUUUCGAACGCGAAAGAAAAUCGUUAAAUAAUGAAAUUCAACGGCUCAAAGAUGAAUUAGCACAUCAAAAGAAUUUAGCAACAACAAUGCAAAAUGAAAUAUCCGGAUACAGACAAAAAAUCGAUGAAAAAGACGACGCAUACAGAAAAUUAAAAGAAGAGUUUUCAGUUAAUGAAGCAAAUUCCAGAACUGACUUUAACAACCUCCUUGAAAAACAAAAACGCGACUUUCAAGCUUUACUUGACAAAAAAGAUAAUGAUCUUAAAGAAUUACACAAGCAGAUGGUAGAACUUCGUGCAGAAAAUGUUACAAACAACGAUUCUAUGCUCAAAAAGCAUAUUGAACUCGAGAAACUUACAUUAAAUAAAGGAAAGUUAGAAACUCAAUUAAGACGCCUUGAAAAUGAGAAAAAUGAGGCUGAUGAAAGAGCAGCAUCACUUAGACAGCUUAUACACAAGAUGAAAGAUGAAAAACAAUCAUUAUCAGACAAAAUUUCAUUGAAUGAGCAACAAAUCGAAAAAUACAAGAGCGAAGUUCAUGCACAACAAACAGUUAUAGAAUCUCAAAAGGAUGAUAUAGAAGAAUUACAAGAAAAGAUGGCAAAAGUCCAAGAAAUUCUUCCGCAUAUUACAGAUUUCAAUCAACUUGUUGAUGAACUCAGCGACAGAGUUGAAUUAGCCGAGAAAUUACCUAAAGAACUUAAACUUACCAAGAAACAAUUAAGAAAAGCCAUAAAAGAACUCGGAUUAUCUCAAUCCGAAACAGAAAGAUUUGGUGAACAAAUCUCUUCACUAAAAGAAGAUUCUUCAAUGUUACAGAACACUAUUGAAGACUUAAAUACAAAGAAUGAACAGUUAAUCAAUCAGAUUCAACUUCUAAGAAAUGCUCAAAAGAAUACAAAAGUUAUUGAGUCAGCGAACAGAGAAUUUUCUCAUCGUAUUAAUGCAAUUAACUCUGCAUUAAAAGGUAUAUCGAAUACUCCAUCAUUAAGAACGAUUAUCAUUGCAACAGUCAUAUCAAAAAGAUGGUCAAAGAUCAAUAAAUUGCCAAAAGUUUAUGAAAAUGAUUAUAGAAAUUGGUGGUGGAUUUGCGGAAAUGAUCCACAAGUACAUAAAAUCAAUGAGCCAUUUGCAAUAAUAAAAGAUCUUCAAAACUCUAAAUCAAAACUUCUAAAGAAGAUAGAACAUUUGGUAUUGAUCAUCAAAGAUGCAGAAAAAUUACAAAAUAUGAGAGAAAAUCAAUUGGCUGAAAAAGAUCAUUUAAUUUUAAUUGCCAAAGCGAAAGAAGAAGAACUUAAUGACCAGAUAAAUAAUCUCACUACUCAAAUGCAGCAAACUAUUGAUCAUUCGGAGUUUUCAAAGUUGAGUGAGAAAUACGCAAGUGUUAAGAAUUCUUUGAAAGAAGUUACAGCUGCAUUAGAACAAUCCAAAGAUGAGAUAAUGCAGUUAAAGCAUGAAAAUGUUAUGCUUAAGCAGAAACAGACAGAGUUUUCUGAUAUCAAAUCAAAUAAAGAGAGAAAUGAACAAGCAUUGAAAUCUAAACUUUCCGAAGCAGAAGAUGAAAUUACUCUUCUUAGACAAGCUCUUUCUUCUAAAAAUAGAGAAAUAGCUUCUUUAGAAUAUAAAACAGGAAAAAUUUCUGCAAAGUAUAUCAACAUGCCUAACAACAACUCGGAGCAGCCAACUAAUGAUGCUCAUCAGCAAACAGAGAUUUCAUACUGCUCUUCUUCUAUGACUAACGUCAAAAAGCCUCUUCAAGAGAGAUUGCUUGCGAUGUCAAGGCUCAUUAAUUGA